UCGUUACCUUUCAGAGACUUUCUGUUGUGUUUGUCCCAAAACUUGAAGGUACUUACAAACGACCUCGAACAGUGGAGAGCUCGUAAGUUGCUUGUUUCGUAUUCAAAGUUUUGUUGAGCUGUUGUUUUCGUACCGUCUGGGUGUUAAACAACAACCAGUAAACUCGAACAACAGGAAGGUCAGACGGUCGCGUUCUAAUCGCUUCAUCAAACACCUGAAGCGAGAAUGACCAAUCAAAUACGAGAACUCGUCACUAUGGAAACACUGAACGCUAAAACAGGAAAGAGCAAAGACGCGCUAAGGAAAUCCAGAUAGUUUCGACACAUUAAUCAUCGUUUUGUUUCACUUCUCUACGUGAAGGAUGGCAGGUACAUCACGGCAUGACCGAGAGAUGGCAGUCAGUGCCAAGAAGCAGCUGACAAAUUGUUCGGACCCCAUUGAGCGUCUGAGGCUACAGUGUUUGGCACGAGGGUCCUCAGGGAUCAAGGGACUGGGCCGGACUUUUAGGAUCAUGGAUGACGACAACAGUCGCACGCUGGACAUGAAAGAGUUCCUGAAAGGCCUGAGUGAUUAUGGUGUGCUCAUAGAGAAAGAAGAGGCCAUGAACCUUUUUCAGCAAUUUGACAGAGAUGGCAGUGGAUUCAUCGAUUUUGACGAGUUUCUUAUCACUCUAAGGCCACCCAUGUCUAAUGCCAGAAAGGAGGUGGUGCUCCAGGCAUUCAAAAAACUGGAUAAAACCGGAGAUGGUGUGAUUACAGUCGAUGAUCUGAGAGGAGUGUACGACGUCAAACAUCACCCCAAAUACCGAAACGGUGAGUGGACUGAAGACCAAGUAUUCCGCAAAUUCCUGGACAGUUUUGACUCUCCGGAUGACAAGGAUGGGAAGGUCACAAAAGAGGAAUUUAUGAACUACUACUCCGGCGUGAGCGCAUCCAUUGACACAGAUAUAUACUUUAUAUUAAUGAUGAAAAAUGCAUGGAAGCUUGACUAAACAUCUAUUUUUGGGUGACAAAAGAUGAAUUCUGGAACUAUUACAGCGGAGUCAGCGCUUCUAUUGAUAAUGAUGUAUAUUUUAUUUUAAUGAUGAAAAAUGCAUGGAAGUUAUGAGGGGGUUAGAUAAUGCUUCUUAAAUCAAAG